AUGUCGAGUCUUACUGGCCUUCCUACGGGAUCCUGCAUCCUUGUCACGGGAGCAAACGGUUUUAUUGCCUCUCAUGUUAUCAACACCUUGCUACAGCUUGAGUAUCGAGUGCGAGGAACGGUUAGGACGCCAAAGCCAUGGCUUGACGACUUCUUCGAGAAUAAAUUCGGUCGAGGCGUCUUUGAAAGCUUUGUACUUCCUGAUUUUGAAAACCCUGAGAUGCUAGAUAAUUGCAUGAAUGGCAUAGCCGGGGUAGUGCAUACGGCUUCUGAUGUUUCGUUCAGUAAUGAUCCCGAUGCUGUCAUUCCUUGGGUCGUACGAGCAGUUGAAAAUGUCCUAGAGGCUGCAUCCAGACACCCUUCUGUCAAAAGAUUCGUCUUGACAUCAUCCUCUGCAGCUGCUUUAAUCCCUGUUAUAAACCAGAAAGGGGUCAGAAUUGAUGAAGAUACUUGGAAUGAGGCUGCCGUAAAAGCCGCACGUAAUCCCAAUACGAAGCCUAACGAGAAAGCAGUCGCAGUUUAUGCAGCUUCUAAGACUCUUGGCGAACAAAUGGCUUGGAAAUGGAUUGGAGGGCACAAUCCUCGUUUUACAUUCAAUACGGUCCUUCCGAACUUCAACGUAGGAGAAAUUCUUCACGAGAAAUUUGGAGGGUCAUCCAUGGGAAUGGUUCGAGGGAUUUUGAAAGACGACAAAAGCAUAUUUGACUUUUUUAUGCCCCAACAUUACGUUGAUGUUACCGAUACUGCCCGGCUACACGCUAUUGCUCUGCUUGCACCUAACGUCCGAUCGCAGCGGAUAUUUGCAUUUGCAGGUCCGCUGAACAUGACUGACAUUAUCUCCACUCUCCGGGAACUUCGACCUGACCAUCAUUUCGAUGAUCCGAAUCCAAACGAAGGCCGAGAUCUCACGGACGUCACACCAUCUGCUAAAGCAGAAAAGCUUUUGGAAGAGUUCUUUGGCCAGAAGGGGUGGAUCCCUUACAGACAGAGCCUUGCCGAUGGAAUUUGUGAUCUUUAG